UCAAUACAGCAUGAAGGCAGGAGACCCUCUCAGGUGUUUGGUGCCUUACUUAUAAGAACAGCGAUGGUCUUGGGUUCAAACAGGCUCAGUGAAAAGUAAAAAUGCCAGCAGUCAUUGAGCCUUUGAGCUCUGUGGCCUUAUGUCUGUCUGUCUGUCUGUCCCUCCUCAUGUCCUCACUUCUCUCUCUUUAUCUCCACAGCCUGGCUGAUUGUGGUCUGACUUCCAGGUCUUCCUCAUCUCUCUCCUCAGUCCUCUCUUCUCCACACUCACAGCUGACUGAACUCCACCUGAGCAGAAACAAACUGGGAGAUUCAGAAGCUCAUCAGCUGUGUGAGGGUCUGCGAACCUCAAACUGUAAAUUAAGGACACUGAGGCUGUCUGGUAAUGAGAUCAGUGAGAGUGAGAAGAUGAACCUGAGGUCACUACAGGAGCAGCUGAACAGGACUGGACGGCAGGUGGAUAUCAGCACAUAAGAAGACUGGACAUGCUGAUCAACUGCCCCCCAGUGACGGCACCCCCUGUCUACUCUCUCUGAAUUCUUCUCUUUAUUCUUUAAUAAUCUCCUCCGCUCUCCUCCAUAUUUAAUAAACUCUCCAUGUCUUCUUCUCACCCUGUGUGCUUCUUCUUUAAACUCACUUGUGUUUCUCCACCCUGUCACCCUGAACUGGUCACUAAACUCCACAAGUUCAGACCAGAAACCCCUGAGUUUCAC